CACGUGUGGUCGCGUCUCCCGGCCCCUUGUCUCACUCACGCUGUUCGCAUCCGUCGCUGCAAGUUUCACUAUGUCCACCAAAACACCUGUUCUCGCCAUUGCAGACCCGGAGGGUUCUCUAUCGACAUGUACGCCGUACCUCAUGCCUUUUCACAUCGCGUACUCGGGUCCAGCUCCUGUAUCGACAUACUUCCGAGUCAAACCCGCAUCGACACCCACGCAUGGGAAACAGGCCAGUGCUGAAGUCCCAAAGACACAAGAAGACGAGUCAUCGCAAGCCGUCACCCUCGCCGCCAAUUCAUCCUCCUCAUCACAAUCCACGCUCGUCGCCAGCUCGUCAAGCGCUUCGCUCGAUGUCACUUUGCCUGCUGCACGUUCUCAGGAUACGAUUGUGGCAGGUGAUCAGGCGAUGACUGACGUAGACGCGGAAGUUGAAGAACCGAAGAGAUUCAUCGCCGCGUUCCGGGGGCGGACUGUUCAGGGCUUGCAAGUGACCCUGCCCGUAGGCUACGGAGGAUUAGUUUUGCGCACGCCAGAUGAAAAACCAAAGAAUGACUCGCCCCAGGGGAGAACGGGAGAAAAGAAAAGGAAGGGUGGCAUGCGAUUGACCCGGCAUUCAGCACGAGCGGUCAUUGACGAUGAUGCCGAAGAGACGCUGGACGAUCCAGACACCCCCGUGCGGAGGCUGCAGCCCACCGCGACAUUCUCAUCAUUCGUGCUCUGGAAUCAAGAUAUUCCGGUAGACGACGGCAGGGAUGAGUAUCUGCGAUCAUUGACGGAAUGGACGAGACUCGCAGCGGAGAUACACCGUUGCGAAGAGGACAGUUGAUGGGCGUACGAGGUGCGAGGCACAAGCCCUCCCCAGGCGGGGAGUGUAGUCCGUUCCCGAUGGUCAAUCGGUGAAAGCAGUUCAGAGCCGUGUGCAUCAAUGCUUUUCGUCGUUGCGGAGCUUGGCUUUGACGACGUGUACUUGUUGUGUGAUGGUUUCGGACAGCCAAAACACGCUACUCUAUGUUCGACCCUUUUCAAUAAGUUUAAGUGCGCAUUAUACCUGCCUGCCUGCAGGGCUGCGCACAGGCGUACAUGUUUGUCGCUGUGUCGCGGUUCCU